GGCCCGUCCCGCCGGCACCGCCCGCCACGUGCCCGACACCAGUGACACCAGCACCGGCGCUGGUACCGGUAAGGCCCGUGCCACCAGCACCGCCAGCCACAAGCCCGAUACCAGCGACACCAGUGUAGUUACUGGUACCAGUAAGGCCCGUGCUGCCAACACCACCUGCCAUGUGCCUGACACCAGCAACACCAGUAACACCAGUGCAGACACUGGUAAGGCCCGUGCCGCCAGCACCACCCGCCAUGCGCCUGACACCAGUGCCAGUACUGGUACCAGCAAGGCCCGUGCCACCAGCACCACCAGCCAUGCAUCCAACACCGACACCAGUAACACCAGUGCCACCAGUGCCAGUGCUGGUCCCACUGGUGAGGACCGGCUCUACCGCAGGAAGGAGGAGCCCGAGCAGUGCGUGGAGCCUGUCACCGUCCCCAUCGCCUCGGGCCCCCCCCAGCCCGCCCCAGCUCCAGAUGAGCGAGACCGUGUCCAGAAGAAAACCUUCACCAAAUGGGUCAACAAGCACCUCAUCAAGCACUGGCGAGCAGAGGCUCAGCGCCAUGUCAACGACCUGUACGAGGACCUGCGGGACGGGCACAACCUCAUCUCGCUGCUCGAGGUGCUCUCGGGGGACACGCUGCCGCGGGAGCGCGACGUCGUCCGGAGCUUGCGGUUGCCCCGCGAGAAGGGCCGGAUGCGCUUCCACAAGCUGCAGAAUGUGCAGAUCGCCCUCAACUACCUGAAGCAUCGCCAGGUGAAGCUGGUGAACAUCCGCAACGAUGACAUCGCUGACGGCAACCCCAAGCUCACGCUGGGGCUCAUCUGGACCAUCAUCCUGCACUUCCAGAUCUCGGACAUCCAGGUUUCGGGGCAGUCCGAGGACAUGACGGCCAAGGAGAAGCUGCUGCUCUGGUCGCAGCGGAUGGUCGAGGGCUACCAGGGGCUGCGGUGCGAGAACUUCACCGCGAGCUGGCGCGACGGCCGCCUCUUCAACGCCAUCAUCCACCGGCACAAGCCAAUGCUGAUCGACAUGAGCCGCGUUUACCGCCAGAGCAACCUGGAGAACCUGGAACAGGCUUUCACCGUGGCCGAGCGCGACCUGGGGGUGACGCGGCUGCUGGACCCUGAAGACGUGGACGUGCCGCAGCCGGAUGAGAAGUCCAUCAUCACCUAUGUGUCAUCGCUGUACGAUGCCAUGCCGCGCGUGCCAGAGGCGCAGGACGGCGUCAAGGCCAAUGAGCUGCAGCUGCGCUGGCAGGAGUACUACGAGGUGGUGACGCUGCUGCUGCAGUGGAUGCGGCAACACACCAUCAGCUUCGAGGAACGGCGUGUGCCAGCCAGCUACGAGGAGAUCGAGCUCCUCUGGCGCCAGUUCCUCAAGUUCAAGGAGACGGAGCUGCCGGCCAAGGAGGCUGACAAGAACCGCUCCAAGGCCAUAUUCCAGGCCAUGGAGGGCGCGGUGCAGUCGGGGCAGCUGAAGGUGCCCCCCGGGUACCACCCACUGGACGUGGAGAAGGAGUGGGGGGCACUGCACGUGGCCGUGCUGGAGCGUGAGAAGCUGCUGCGGGCGGAGUUCGAGAGGCUGGAGCGGCUGCAGCGCGUUGUCACCAAGCUGCAGAUGGAGUCAGGGCUCUGCGAGGAGCAGCUCAACCAAGCGGAUGCUCUGCUGCAGGCGGAGCUGCGGCUGCUGGAGGCAGGGAAGGGGCCACAGAAGGCCGCGGAGGUGGAGCGGGACCUGGACAAGGCUGACGGGAUGAUCCGGCUGCUCUUCACCGACGUGCAGAGCCUCAAGGACGGGCGGCACCCGCAGGGCGAGCAGAUGUACCGCAGGGUGUACCGCCUGCACGAGCGCCUGGUGUCCAUCCGCACCGAGUACAACCUGCGCCUCAAGUCGGGGGUCCCGGUGUCGGUGGCGGUGGCUCCGGUGGCAGUGGCAGCUCCGGUGGCGGCAGCCCCGUCCGAGGCGGCACUGCGGUACGUGCAGGAGCUGCGGGGCUGGGUGCAGGACAACCAGCGCCGGGUGGCGGGCGCCGGCUGGGGCAUGGACCUGCCCUCGCUCGAGUCGCUGCUGAGCGCCCACCGCGGCCUCCACCGUGACAUCCACGACUUCGGCGCCAAGGUGCAGCGGGCGCGCGACGACGAGGCCCAGCUGCCCCCCAGCUCCCGCGGCGCCUACAGGGAGAGUCUGGGCAAACUGGAGCAGGAGUACGGGGAGCUACUGGAGUCAUCGUCGCAGCGGCUGCGGCACCUCGAGGCCCUGCUGGGCUUCGUGGGCGCUGCCACCGCGGAGCUGCUGUGGCUGAGCCAGCGCGAGGACGAGGAGGUGACGUUCGACUGGAGCGACCGCGGCCCCGCGCUGCCCGCCAAGCAGGAGGCCUACUCGGGGCUGAUGCGGGAGCUGGAGCUGCGGGAGCGGCGGGUGCAGGAGCUGCAGAGCUGCGGGGAGCAACUGCUGCGGGAGCAGCACCCGGCCCGUGACACCAUUGAGUCGUUCCUGGCGGCGCUGCGCACGCAGUGGAGCUGGAUGCUGCAGUUGUGCUGCUGCGUUGAGACCCACCUCAAGGAGAAUGGGGCCUAUUUCCAGUUCUUCGCGGAGGUGCGCGAGGCCGAGCGGCUGCUGCGGGAGCUGCGGGACCUGAUGGGCCGGAAGCUGCGGAGCGACCGCGGGCUCAGCGCCGCGCGCCUGGAGGACCUGCUGCAGCACGCCAAUGAGCUCCGGGAGCAGCUGCAGGAGGUGGGGGCGCAGCUCCCAGCACUCUCCCGCCGCGCCAGCACCAUCGUGCAGCUGAAGCCGCGGAGCCCCGGUGCCGCGGUGCAGGGCCGGCCCCGCCUGCAGGCCGUCUGCGACUACCGGCAGCUGCAGAUCACGGUGCACAAGCAGGACACGUGCACGCUGCUCAGCAACGCGCAGCCCCACAAGUGGAAGGUGCUGAGCGGUAGCGGCGAGGCCGAGGUGCCGAGUGUGUGCUUCAUCCUGCCACCCCCCAACCCCGAGGCACUGGACGCGGUGCGGAGGCUGGAAGCUGAGCACCAGGAGAUACUGGAGCUCUGGCACCAGCUGCACCAGGACCUGCGGAGCCUCCGGGCCUGGCAGUGCCUGACCCGUGACAUGCGGCAGAUCCAGGCCUGGUCCCAGCUCACGUUCCGCACGCUGCCGCCAGAGGAAUGCCGCCAGGCACUGCAGAGCCUGGAGACGCACUACCAGGAAUUCCUGCGGGAGAGCCGGGAUUCGCGCAGCUUCGCGCCCGAGGAGCGGCAGCAGUUGCAGCGCGAGUACGAAGCCUGUGCCCGGCACCACGACCGGCUGCGGCGCGGCCACGAGAAAGGAGAGCAGGAUGAGUCCCUGUGCCAGAGCUUCCUGUCACGGCUGAAGGAGCUGAGCCUGCAGCUGCAGCGCUGUGAGUCCAGCACCAUCCAUUGCCUGCGGCUGCCGCUUGACAAGAACCCGCAGGCAGAAUGUGCCCGGCGCAUCACGGAGCAGCAGCAAAUCCACGUGGAGCUGGAGGGCAUCAGGAAGAGCCUGGACUCGGUUGGGGAGGAGGCACAGGAGGUGCUGGCGCAGGCGGAGCCGCCUGGCUCGGCCCCGGUGCUGCGCUCGGAGCUGGAGGUGAUGCUGCAGAAGAUGGAGCAGGUCUACAGCCUGUCCAGCAUCUACCUAGAGAAGCUGAAGACCAUCAACCUGGUGAUCCACAGCACACAGGGGGCUGAGGAGCUGCUCAAGAAGUAUGAGGACCAGCUGAAGGAUGUGCAGACGGUGCCGGCGGAUCUGCAGGAGCUGGAGGCCACCCAGGCCGAGCUGAAGCGGCUGCGGGCGCAGGCCGAGGGCCACCAGCCCCUCUUCAGCACCUUGGAGACCGACCUCGGCAAGGCCAAGGACGUGAACGAGCGCAUGGUGCGGGGCCACAGCGAGCGCGAUGUGGACCUGGAGCGGUUCCGGGAGAGGGUGCAGCAGCUGCUGGAGCGCUGGCGCGGGGUCCUGGCACAGGCCGACCUGAGGCACCGCGACCUGGAGCAGCUAGGCCGGCAGCUGCGGAGCUAUCGCGAGAGCUGCGCCGCGCUGCGCCACUGGCUGCAGGAAGCACGGCGGCGGCAGGAGGAGAUCCAGGCAGUGCCCAUCGCCGGCAGCGCCAGCGUGCGGCAGCAGCUGCUGCAGGAGCAGGAGCUGCUGGAGGAAUGCGACCGCAACAAGGAGAAGGUGGAGGAGUGCCAGCGCCACGCCAAGCAGUACAUCGACGCCAUCAAGGACUAUGAGCUGCAGCUUGUGAGCUUCAAGGCGCAGGUGGAGCCGAUGGCGUCACCGGCCAAGAAACCCAAAGUGCAGUCAGCAUCCGACAGCAUCAUCCAGGAGUACGUGGACCUGCGGACACAGUACAGCGAGCUGACCACGCUCACCAGCCAGUACAUCAAGUUCAUCACUGACACACUGCGGCGGCUGGAGGACGAGGAGAAAGCCGCCGAGAAGCUGAAGGAGGAGGAGAGGAAGCGGCUGGCAGAGGUGGAGGCACAGCUGGAGAAGCAGCGGCAGUUGGCCGAGGCGCACGCCAAGGCCAAGGCGCAGGCGGAGGCGGAGGCACGGGAGCUGCAGCUCCGCAUGCAGGAGGAGGUGGCCCGGCGCGAGGUCGUGGCCGUGGACGCAGAGCAGCAGAAGCAGAACAUCCAGCAGGAGCUGCUGCAGCUGCGGCAGAACUCGGACCACCAGAUCGAGGCCAAGGUGAAGCUAAUUGAGGAGGCCGAGUCCAGCCGCAAGAAGGUGGAGGAGGAGAUCCGGGUGAUCCGGCGGCAGCUGGAGAGCACGGAGCGGCAGCGCCUGGGCGCCGAGGCCGAGCUGUGCGAGCUGCGGGCGCGUGCUGAGGAGGCAGAGCGGCAGAAGCGGCAGGCGCAGGAUGAGGCCGAGCGCCUGCGCCGGCAGGUGAAGGAUGAGAGCCAGAAGAAGCGCGAGGCUGAGGAGGAGCUGGCGCGCAAGGUGCGGGCCGAGCGCGAUGCGGCGCGUGAGAAGCAGGAGGCGGUGGCGGCACUGGAGGGCCUGCGGCUGCAGGCGGAGGAGGCUGAGCGGCGCCUGCGGCAGGCGGAGGCCGAAAAGCAGCGUCAGAUCCAGGUGGCACAGGAGGCGGCGCAGCGCAGCGCCGAGGCCGAGCUGCAGAGCCGGCGCCGCUCCCUGGCCGAGCAGACGGCGCAGCUGGAGCUGUCGCUGCAGCGCGAGCACGUGGCAGUGGCGCAGCUGCAGGAGGAGGCCGAGCGCCUGAAGCAGCAGCAGCGCGAGGCCGAGCAGUCGCGGGAGGAGGCGGAGAAGGAGCUGGAGCGCUGGCGGCAGAAGGCCAACGAGGCGCUGCGGCUGCGGCUGCAGGCGGAGGAGGUGGCGCACCAGAAGACGCUGGCGCAGGAGGAGGCAGAGAAGCAGAAGGAGGAUGCGGAGCGCGAGGCCCGCAAGCGCGCUAAGGCGGAGCAGGCGGCUCUGCGGCAGAAGGAGGCAGCUGAGGAGGAGCUGGAGAAGCAGCGAGAGCUGGCGGAGGGCACGGCACAGCAGAAGCUGGCGGCGGAGCAGGAGCUGAUCCGGCUGAAGGCAGAGAUGGACAACGGGGAGCAGCAACGGCUGCUGCUGGAGGAGGAGCAGUCCCGGCUGAAGGAGGAGGUGAGCGAGGCCAUCCAGAAGCGGAAGGAGGUUGAGGAUGAGCUGGCGAAGCUGCGGGCUGAGAUGGAGGUGCUGCUGCAGAGCAAGGCCCGGGCGGAGGAGGAGUCGCGCUCCAGCAGCGAGAAGUCGAAGCAGCGGCUGGAGGCUGAGGCCAGCAAGCUGCGGGAGCUGGCGGAGGAGGCAGCGCGGCUGCGCGCCCUCUCUGAGGAGGCCAAGCGGCAGCGGCAGCUGGCAGAGGACGAGGCCGGGCGGCAGCGCGCUGAGGCCGAGCGCAUCCUGAAGGAGAAGCUGACGGCCAUCAACGAGGCAUCGCGGCUGAAGGCGGAGGCGGAGAUUGCGCUGAAGGAGAAGGAGGCAGAGAACGAGCGGCUGCGGCGGCUGGCGGAGGACGAGGCAUACCAGCGGCGGCUGCUGGAGGAGCAGGCGGCCCAGCACAAGCAGGACAUCGAGGAGAAGAUCGCACAGCUGAAGCGCAGCUCCGAGAGCGAGCUGGAGCGGCAGAAGGGGCUGGUGGAGGACACGCUGCGGCAGCGGCGGCAGGUGGAGGAGGAGAUCCGUGUGCUCAAGGCCAGCUUCGAGCGGGCCUCGGCGGGCAAGAGUGAGCUGGAGCGGGAGCUGAGCCGCAUCCGCAGCGAGGCCGAGGAGGUGCAGCGCAGCCGCGAGCAGGCGGAGCGCGAGGCUGAGCGGCAGCGGGCGCUGGCACUGCAGGAGGAGGGCCGGCGGCGCGAGGCCGAGGAGAAACUGCAGGACAUCCUGGCGGCCGAGGAGGAUGCGGCGCGGCAGCGGCGCCUGGCACUGGAGGAGGUGGAGCGGCUCCGGGCCAUGGUGGAGGAUGCGCGGCGGCAGAAGGAGCUGGCGGAGAAGGAGUCGGAGCGGCAGGUGCAGCUGGCGCGGGAGGCAGCACAGAAGCGCAUCGCGGCAGAGGAGAAGGCGCGGCUGGCCGCCAUGCAGCAGCAGGAGCAGGAGCUGCAGCAGGCGCGGCAGCAGGAGCAGAGUCUGGUGGAGCGGCUGCGCGAAGAGGCCGAGCGCGCACGGCGAGUGGCCGAGGAGGCUGAGCUGGCGCGGGGCCAGGCCGAGCAGGACGCGGGGCUGUCGCGGCGGCGCGUGGAGGAGGCCGAGCGGCUGAAGCAGCGCGCAGAGGAGGAGGCAGCUGCCACGGCGCGGGCACAGGCGGCAGCCGAGGCGCUGCGCAAGGAGGCGGAGCUGGAGGCGGCGCGGCGGGCGCAGGCCGAGCAGGCGGCACUGCGGCAGAAGCAGUUGGCCGACGCCGAGAUGGAGAAGCACAAGAAGUUUGCGGAGCAGACGCUGCGACAGAAGGCACAGGUGGAGCAGGAGCUCACCAAGGUGAAGCUGCGGCUGGAGGAGACGGACCACCAGAAGAACAUCCUGGAUGAGGAGCUGCAGCGGCUGAAGGAGGAGGCGAGCGACGCCGUGCGGCAGAAGGCGCAGGUCGAGGAGGAGCUCUUCAGGGUGCGGGUUCAGCUGGAGGAGCUGGCGAGGCUGAAGAGCCGCAUUGAGGAGGAGAACAAGGCGCUGAUCCUCAAGGACAAGGACAACACGCAGAAGCUGCUGGCGGAGGAGGCCGAGAAGAUGAAGCAGGUGGCUGAGGAGGUGGCGCGGCUCAGCGUGGAGGCCCAGGAGGCUGCACGCAUGCGGCAGCUUGCCGAGGAUGACCUGGCACAGCAGCGGGCGCUGGCCGAGAAGAUGUUGAAGGAGAAGAUGCAGGCGGUGCAGGAGGCCACGCGGCUCAAGGCCGAGGCUGAGAUGCUGCAGAAGCAGAAGGACCUGGCGCAGGAACAUGCCAAGCGGCUGCAGGAGGACAAGGAGCAGAUGCAGCAGCGCCUGGCAGAGGAGACCGAGGGCUUCCAGAAGACGCUGGAGGCUGAGCGCCGGCGGCAGCUAGAGAUAACGGCCGAGGCCGAGCGCCUCAAGCUGCAUGUGACGGAGAUGAGCAUGGCCCAGGCCAAGGCCGAGGAGGAGGCCAAGAGGUUCAAGAAGCAGGCGGAGGAGAUCAGUGAGCGGCUGCACCAGACCGAGCUGGCCACGCAGGAGAAGAUGACGCUGGUGCACACCCUGGAGAUCCAGCGGCACCAGAGUGACCAGGACGCAGAGAAGCUGCGCCAGGCCAUCGCCGACCUGGAGUGGGAGAAGGAGAAGCUGAAGCAGGAGGCGGCAUUGCUGCAGCAGAAGGCGGAGGAGAUGCAGGUGGCCCAGCAGGCGCAGCUCCGGCAGGAGACGCAGCUCCUGCAGCAGAGCUUUCUGACGGAGAAGGAUGCGCUGCUGCAGAAGGAGAAGUUCAUCGAGGAGGAGAAAUCGAAGCUGGAGAAGCUCUUUAAAGAUGAGGUGGACAAAGCCCAGAACCUGAAGGCGGAGCAGGAGCGGCAGCAAAAGGAGAUGGAGCAGGAGAAGCAGCAGUUGAAAGCCAUGCUGGAUGAGGCCAAGAGGCAUCAGAAGGAAGCAGAGGAGAACGUCCGGCACAAGCAGGAGGAGCUGCAGCAGCUGGAGCAGCAGCGGCAGCAGCAGGAGAAGCUUCUGGAAGAGGAGAACCAGAAGCUGAGGGAGAGGCUGGAGCAGAUGCAGGAGGAGUACAAGGCGGCACUGGCGCAGACCCGUGAGAUCAUGAUCCAGACAGACGACCUGCCCAGGGAGGCCAUGGUGGCUGCGGUGCAGCCGCAUGUCCAAGCCAUGCCCAAUGACAGGGACGCAUUGGAUGGCCUCGCGCACAAUGGUGAGCCUGAGUUUGCCUUCGAUGGCAUCCGGCAGAAGGUGCCCGCAGGCAAGCUGGUGGAUGCUGGUGUCCUGAGCCAGGAGAGCCUGGAGCAGCUGGUGAAGGGCACUGUGAGCGUUGGUGAGCUCGCACAGAGGAACGAGGUCAGGAGGUACCUGCAGGGCCAGAGCAGCGUGGCCGGGUUGUUGAUCAAACCCACCAACGAGAAGAUGAGCAUCUACGAGGCCAUGAAGCAGAAGCUGCUGAGCCCGGGCACAGCGCUGGUGCUGCUGGAGGCUCAGGCUGCCUCCGGCUUCAUCAUCGACCCAGUGCGGAAUGCACGGCUCUCUGUGAGUGAGGCUGUGCGUGAGGGUGUCAUCGGGCCUGAGCUGCACAACAAGAUGCUGGCAGCGGAGCGGGCGGUCACCGGCUACAAGGACCCCUACACCGGCGACCGCAUCUCCCUCUUCCAGGCCAUGCAAAAGGGGCUCAUCGUCAAGGAGCACGGCAUCCGCCUGCUUGAGGCCCAGAUCGCCACCGGCGGCAUCAUCGACCCCGUGCACAGCCACCGUCUGCCCGUGGAAGCUGCCUACAAGCGUGGGUACUUUGACGAGGAGAUGAACCGAACCCUCUCCGACCCCACCGAUGACACCAAGGGCUUCUUCGACCCCAACACACAGGAGAACCUCACCUACAUACAGCUCCUGGAGCGGUGUGUGACUGACCCAGACACGGGGCUGAGCCUCCUGCCCCUCACCGACCAGGCAGCCAAAGCCAGGGAGCUGGUCUACACCGACAAAGAAGCCAAAGACGUCUUCAAGAAGGCCACGGUGACGGCGCCGUUUGGCAAGUUCCAGGGGAAGACAGUGACCAUCUGGGAGAUCAUCAACUCUGAAUACUUCACCGAGGACCAAAGGCGGGACCUGAUCCAGCAGUACCGGACCGGCAAGAUCACAGUGGAGAAGAUUAUCAAGAUCAUCAUCACGGUUGUGGAGGAAAGCGAGAAAAAGAGCCAGAUGUGCUUUGAGGGCCUGCGGGCCCCCGUGCCCGCUGCGGAGCUGCUGGAGAGCAAAAUCAUCAACAAAGACCUCUACAACCAGCUGCACCAGGGCAAGAAGUCGGUGAAGGACGUGGCGGAGAUGGAGUCCGUGCGGCAGUACCUGAAGGGCACCGACGCCAUUGCUGGCAUCCUGGUGGAGUCGACUGGCCAGAAGUUCACCUUCUACGACGCCCUGAAGAGGAACCUGCUGAAGCCAGAGGUCGCCCUGUCUCUGCUGGAGGCCCAGGCUGCCACCGGCUACAUCAUCGACCCCGUGAGGAACACACUCUUCUCUGUGGAUGAGGCUGUGAAGGCUGAGGUGGUGGGUCCAGAGCUGCACGAGAAGCUGCUGUCAGCAGAGAAGGCAGUGACUGGCUACAAGGACCCCUACACAGGGCAGACGGUUUCCCUGUUCCAGGCGCUGAAGAAGGGCCUCAUCCCCAGCGACACUGGGGUGCGUCUGCUGGAUGUCCAGCUCACCACUGGCGGCAUCAUCGACCCCAUCCACAGCCACCGGCUCCCACUUGACGUUGCCUACAAACGUGGCUACUUCGACCCGGAGAUGAACGAGGCGAUGGCCGAGUUCCGUGAUGACGCCAAGGCUUUUUACUGCCCCAACACCCAGGAACACCUCACCUACGCCCAGCUGCAGAAGACCUGCCGCCGUGACAAGCAGACCGGCUUCUGCCUGCUGCCUCUGUCUGACCAAGCCAUCCAGGCGCAGCAGGAGGAGGUCUACACUGACAGCCAGGCAAAGGAGUGCUUCGACAAGACGACUGUGGAGGUCCCAGUGGGCAGCAUGAAGGGCCAGACCAUGACCAUCUGGGAGCUGAUCCACUCUGAGUACUUCACGGAGGAGCACAGGCGGGAGCUCCUCCGGCAGUACAAGACCGGCAAGGUGACCAUCGAGAAGAUCAUCAAGAUUGUCAUCACUAUCAUCGAGGAGGCAGAGACCAAGAAGCAGGAGAAGCUGACGUUCAGUGGGCUCCGGGCUCCUGUUCCGGCCAGCGAGCUGGUGGAGUCCCGCAUCAUCACCAAAGCUCAGUAUGAGCAGCUGAAGGAAGGCAAGAAGUCAGUGAAGGACUUCUCCGAUACAGAGGCAGUGCGGAGAUUCCUGUAUGGCAGCGACUGCAUUGCCGGUGUCUAUGUGGAGGCAACCAAGGAGAAACUCAACAUCUACGAGGCCAUGAAGCGGAACCUGCUGCAGCCCAGCACUGCUGUGGUCCUCCUGGAGGCCCAGGCAGCCACCGGGUUCCUGAUUGACGCUGUGAAGAACCGUAAGCUCUAUGUCAAUGAGGCUGUCAAGGCUGGUGUGGUGGGGCCCGAGCUGCACGAGAAGCUGCUGUCUGCCGAGAAGGCCGUCACCGGCUACAAGGACCCCUACUCGGGCAAUACCAUCUCCCUCUUCCAGGCCAUGCAGAAGGGGCUCAUUGUCAAGGAGCACGGCAUCCGCCUGCUCGAGGCCCAGAUCGCCACCGGCGGCAUCAUUGACCCCGUGCACAGCCACCGCCUGCCCCUGGAGGUGGCCUACAAGCGUGGGUACUUCGAUGAGGAGAUGAACCGAACCCUCUCCCACCCCACUGAUGACACCAGGGGCUUCUUCGACCCCAACACGCAGGAGAACCUCACCUACACACAGCUGAAGGAGAGGUGCAUUGAGGAUCCUGAGACUGGCCUGUACCUGCUGCCACUGCGGGAGCCUGAGAAGCCGACAGUGGUAGAGACCACACAGGUCUACACCGAGGCAGAGACGCGGAAGGUGUUUGAGGAGACGCAGGUGGACAUCCCGGUGGGCAGCAGGGCGGGCUCCUCCAUGUCGCUGUGGGAGAUCAUGCACUCAGACCUGCUGCCCGAGGAGCAGCGGAAGCAGCUCAUGGAGGAGUUCAAGUCAGGCCGUGUGUCCAAGGAGCGCAUGAUCAUCAUCAUCAUUGAGAUCAUCGAGAAGACUGAGAUCAUCCGGCAGCAGAAUCUCACGUCCUAUGACUACGUCCGGCGCCGCAUCACGGCUGAGGAACUCUACGAGGCCAAGAUCAUUUCCCAAGACAUCUACAACCUGCUCAAGCAGGGCUCCAAGACCUUCCGGGAGCUCCUGGAGGUGGAGACCAUCUGGAAGUACCUCUAUGGGUCGGGCUGUGUGGCUGGUAUCUACAUCCCCUCCUCCAAGCAGAAGCUCAGCAUCUACCAGGCACUGAAGAAGGGGCUGAUCAGCUCGGAAGUGGCCCGUUCCCUCCUGGAGGCCCAGGCUGCCACCGGCUUCAUGAUCGACCCCAUGAAGAACGAGAUGCUGACCGUUGAUGAGGCCGUCAGGAAAGGUGUAGUGGGGCCUGAGAUCCACGACCGGCUCCUGUCCGCCGAGAGGGCCGUGACUGGGUACAGAGACCCCUACAGCGAGCAGAAGAUCUCCAUCUUCCAGGCCAUGAAGAAGGACCUCAUUCCCAGCGAAGAGGCCCUCAAGCUCCUGGACGCCCAGAUCGCCACUGGUGGCAUCAUCGACCCACACUUGGGCUUCCACCUGCCCUUGGAGGUGGCUUACCAGCGGGGCUUCAUCAACAAGGACACGUACGACAUGCUGUCUGAGCCCAGUGAGGUGCGAAGCUACGUGGACCCAUCCACGGAGGAGAAGCUGAGCUACACACAGCUGCUGAAGCGGUGCCGCCAGGAUGAGGGCAGCGGGCUGCUGCUGCUGCCACUCUGCGAUGCGCGGAAGCUCACCUUCCGUGGCCUGCGCAAGCAGAUCACAGUGGAGGAGCUGGUCCGCUCGCAGGUGAUGGACGAGGCCACUGCGCAGCGCCUGCAGGAAGGACUCACCUCUAUCGAGGAGGUCUCCAAGAACCUGAAGAAGUUCCUGGAGGGCACCAGCUGCAUUGCCGGCGUCUUCGUGGACUCCACCAAGGAGCGGCUCUCUGUGUACCAGGCCAUGAAGAAGGGCAUCAUCCGGCCUGGCACCGCGUUUGAGCUCCUGGAGGCACAGGCAGCCACGGGCUACGUCAUCGACCCCAUCAAGGGCCUGAAGCUGACUGUGGAGGAGGCCGUUCGCAUGGGCAUUGUGGGCCCCGAAUUCAAGGACAAGCUGCUUUCUGCUGAAAGGGCCGUCACCGGCUACCGGGACCCCUACUCUGGGAAGCUCAUCUCCCUUUUCCAGGCCAUGAAGAAGGGGCUGAUCCUGAAGGACCACGGGAUCCGCCUGCUGGAGGCCCAGAUCGCCACCGGCGGCAUCAUCGACCCUGAGGAGAGCCACCGCCUGCCUGUGGAGAUCGCCUACAAGAGGGGCCUCUUCGACGAGGAGAUGAAUGAGAUCCUGCUGGACCCCAGCGAUGACACCAAGGGCUUCUUCGACCCCAACACAGAGGAGAACCUCACCUACCUGCAGCUCAUGGAGCGGUGCAUCACUGACCCGGAAACCGGCCUCUGCCUCCUGCCCCUGAAGGAGAAGAAGCGGGAGAGGAAGACGUCCUCCAAGUCCUCCGUCCGCAAGCGCAGGGUGGUCAUCGUUGACCCAGAGACAGGCAAGGAGAUGUCCGUGUAUGAGGCCUAUCGCAAGGGCCUCAUCGACCACCAGACCUACCUGGAACUGUCGGAGCAGGAGUGUGAGUGGGAGGAGAUCACCACCUCCUCCUCCGAUGGCGUGGUGAAGUCCAUGAUCAUCGACCGGCGCUCAGGGCGCCAGUAUGACAUCGACGACGCCAUCGGCAAGGGCCUGAUUGACCAGUCAGCACUGGACCAGUACCGUGCAGGCACGCUCUCUAUCACCGAGUUCGCGGACAUGCUCUCAGGCAACAUGAGUGGCUUCCGCUCGCGCUCAUCCUCCGUGGGCUCCUCCUCCUCCUACACUGUCAGCCCGGCACCAGUGCGGACGCAGAUAUCCAUGUGGAGUGACCCAACUGAAGAGACGGGGCCGGUGGCUGGCAUCCUGGACACAGACACCCUGGAGAAGGUGUCCAUCACCGAGGCCAUGCGCCGCAACCUCGUGGACAACAUCACAGGGCAGCGGCUGCUGGAGGCUCAGGCCUGCACUGGUGGCAUCAUCGACCCCACCACCGGUGACAAGUGCACCGUGGCUGACGCCGUGACCAAGGGCCUGGUGGACAAGAUCAUGGUGGACCGCAUCAACCUGGCGCAAAAGGCCUUCUACGGCUUCGAGGACCCGCGCACCAAGACAAAGAUGUCAGCGGCGCAGGCGCUCAAGAAGGGCUGGCUCUACUAUGAGGCCGGGCAGAGGUUCCUGGAGGUGCAGUACCUGACGGGCGGUCUCAUCGAGCCUGACGUCGAGGGCCGCGUGGCCUUGGACGAGGCGCUGCAGAAGGGCACCAUCGAUGCACGCACGGCCCAGAAGCUGCGUGACGUCAACACCUACUCCAAGUACCUCACCUGCCCCAAGACCAAGCUCAAGAUCUCCUACAAGGACGCCAUGGACCGCAGCAUGGUGGAGGACGGCACCGGCCUGCGCCUGCUGGAGGCCUCCUCCCAGUCCAGCAAAGGCUACUACAGCCCCUACAAUGUCAGCAGCGCCGGCUCCACCUCUGGCUCCCGCUCAGGCUCCCGCACUGGCUCCCGCUCUGGCUCCCGGCGCGGCAGCUUUGACGCCACCGGCUCCGGCUUCUCCAUGACCUUCUCUUCCUCCUCCUACUCCUCCUCGAGCUUUGGGCGCAGAUACACGAUGGGUCCUGUGGAGGCAGCAGCUGCCUCCGCCUUGGUCUGGAGCUGCGGGUGGGAGGCAAGUGCGGAGCGUGCUGGGAUGCACCAGCUGCCACUGCGCAUGGCCUGACCUGCCGGCCCCUGCGCGAGGAACCCGCCACCCGCCUGCUCCGCAUGUGGCAACGCUGCUGCUGCUCCCUAAGACUGAUCUCCUGUUACUGGUUGAAUGUGGUGAUGACCUGCCAAAGCCGACCAUGGCUUAACCAAAACUAACCCGUGAAACCCAGCAUGGGCCGGAGGGUGUGUGUAUUGAGAAAGAAAUCACCCGGCCCCGCACCACACCCGCCCUGCGGCAUGGCCUGGCAGGGCUGCAAAACAGGAAACCCAACAGAACAUAGGAAAACCAACAGGACAACCAACAGGAAAAGAAAAAAACCGUUCUGUCUUUUGGAUCUAACCACUUAGAGACUCUUUUAUAAUUAACCCGCCGCUUCAUCCUGCUCCCCAAGGAGGAGACGACCCUUUUCCUGCAGACGUGUCAGCGGGAGGAGGAGGACACCGCCAGCCCCGCGCUGCCUGUGCACGAGGCACCCGACACUCCACGUGGCACCGGAGCUGCCGCUCUGCCCCAGUGCCCGGCACGUUCCCAGCACCACAGCACCGCUGCCUCCACUGUAAGUGCAGCAGGACCGGCCUGACCCCGCUCCUGCGCUUCGCCCGCCGAGAGCUGCUGCCGCCUCCGCCAGCCCGCGGCCACCGCACUCGGUUCCGGCACCGUGCUGGGCUCUGCCAUGAGCCGCCGCCGCCGCCUGCUGCUGCCUCCCGUGUAUCUGGGAAGGGCUUCACACAAGGCCCCGUUCUUGAUGAUGGUGCAGCUUUAAUGAGUUAACAAGGAAUUAAUGAGGAAUUAAGAAGGAAUUAACAAGGAAUUAUUAAAAAGAAAUGAGCAGGUGUCUGCCAGAGCCCGGCACCGAGCUUGGCACUGCCAAGCCCAGCCCGGCUCCAUGCAUGUUUCCUGCACUGUGUCCCCCUCACCGUGGGGGCUCUCUGAGGGGUGCAGAGGCUGCAGGACCCCAUGAGCACGGGGGGGGUUGUGGACACCGGCGCGCUCCCGUGUUGGGAAUGGCGGGUUCCUCUUCCCCUCGUGGCGGUUCCUCCGGUGCCGGUGCUGCAGUAACGCGCUCUCUCUCUGGCAGACAUCUCUCCCCAGCCCCACUGAGGGCAUCCCGGCGCCACUGGGCGAGCUCUUCACCUGGGUCUCCGGUGUUGGCAACUCGUGGAUGGGUUCGAGGGGAUGUUGGGACGCGGCGGCGGCUCGGCCGUGCUCACCAGCACAGUGUGGCUGGAUGUUCAUCCCAACUCCCCUCACCGCUGCCACGGAGCCCCCAGACCCUAUCCUGGGGCCGCCGGCACCGCGCUGCAGGACACGGGGACGUGCUCCCUCACCCUUUGCACUCACCAGAGCGUGGGGCCGGUGCUGCCGGGGUGCCAGAGCCCCUCAGCCAGCCCUGGGGCACCCAUGCAGUGCCAUGGCCCCCCGGCCCAGUGCCGCAGCUCGCCGCGGGGUCUCCGCAGCACUUCUCCUCCUUCCCGCCUGCUCCCAUUUGCCACGUGUCCACCGCGUCUGUCGUUCCUCCGCAUCCCUCGUUAUUAAUAUGAUGAUGAUGAUGAUUAUUA